AUGGAGCUUUUUCCAGUUUACGUUCUUCAUAGCGGUAAAUGGGAAGAAAACAAGUUUAUCAAUUUCGUCAGCGAUUGUGUAAUAAUCGAGUCGACAUUCAGCUACAACAAUUUAGUUGCAGCUAUUUCGGAACAGAUUAGGAUCGAUACUGAGUUAAACACAAUAGAGAUUAACUUUCUCCCAAAUGAUGGUUUGCCAUCGAUCCUGAUUUACAACGAUACAGGUGUUAAGGUGUAUAUCGAAUUAAAGAAGAAAAACUUGAAUUUCACUGAAUACCCCUUGUUUGUGACAGUGAAAGAGAUUUAUGAUAAUCGUUUGGUUUCUACAAGUUCCAGUUGUUUGGUUGCUACAAGUUCCAAUUCUAUAGAUGUAUCCACAAUUGAUAGCACUGAGAUUAUGCCUGAUAUCGAAUUGAUUGAAAACAGGAAACUUAGCGAAAACAUGGGUAUAAUAGAUAAUAUGUUGAACGAAUUUGUUGAGGAUGAUCAAGUUUAUAAAGAUAAAGAGACAGUUAUGAAUGUGAUGAAGAACUUGGAUGUACGCGAGAGGUUCCAAUUCAAGAUGAAGAGAUCAAGCGCAACAAAGUAUCACCUUAUAUGUGUGGAUGACAAUUGUGCUUGGAGCUUCAAAUCUUCUUCUGUCGUUUUCAACGCAAACAUAUUCAAAGUGAGAAGUUACAAUAAUAAUCACACAUGCGGCUAUGGUGAAAGAUACUUAACACAACGUCAAGCUACUUUGGGUGUAAUUGCUAGUAUAGUCAAGAACAAGUAUGUUAAUCCCAAAAAAGUUUACACCGCAAAUGAUAUAAUAGAGGACAUACAAAAGCAACAUGGGAUUGAAGUGAGCUACAUGAAAGCAUGGAGAGCUAAAGAGAUAGCAACGACAAUGAUAAGAGGGAGUCCGAUUGAUUCAUAUAAGGAGUUGUCGAAGUAUUUUUAUAUGUUGGAGCAUACAAAUACAGGAACGGUUACAAAGUUACACAAAUCAGAAGAUGGAUACUUUCUUUAUGCAUAUGUUUCGCUAUAUGCACCUAUCAAGGGCUUGGAGCAUUGCAGACCGAUAAUGGUUGUUGACGGAAGUUUCCUUAAAGCAGCAUAUAUGGGUACCAUAUUGAUUGCUUGCACACGGGAUGGAGCUGGAAAAAUCCCUCCACUUGCAUAUGCAAUUGUAGAUUCAGAGAAUAACAAAUCUUGGGAGUGGUUCUUUGUCCAGAUAAAGGGUACUUUUGGUCAUGCAAAGCGCACAUUCAAGAAACAUCACAAACAGUUGAAGGAUAUCUUCUUUGCUUUGGCUAGAGCUUCCACGAUAGAGAAGUUUGAGUACCAUAUGACAGAGGUGUGCAAAAUUGAUCCGAGGGUGCAGCUUUACUUGUUCAAAAUUGGCUACGAAAGGUGGUCUAGGGCAUAUUCCAAAGUAAAAAGGUCGAUGGUAAUGACUUCCAAUAUUGCAAAGUCAAUUAAUGCAGCAAACACGAAUGCUAAAGAGUUACCAGUAAUGCAAUUGCUGGAGUACAUGACAAAUUUGCUACAACAGUGA